GCGCCGCGAGCCUGGGGCCGGUUGGCAUUGCGGGCUGGAGCAGGCUUGCCCGGCGGCGGCCAGGCCCCGGCCCUGGGCUCCGCGUGGCUCUCCCGGCAGGCCGGACCCUAUAGUAGCUCCAGAGCUGGCUCCGAGGCCUCGCUUACUCCAGCCUCCUCGCACUCUACAGCCCCGUCCUUCACCCAGUCUGGCUAGCUAACGAAUGUGAGGAAGACAAACUUGCAAGACUGACGGUUUAGGGCCCAGAGGAGGACCGCUCAGUGAUGGCGCCCAUUUUUGGAAACGCAGGCGAAUUUGAGCUCGCAGGGAGGUGUGGUCGACUUCUGCUGGGACGGGAGAGGCUUCAUUUCUCUGCGGCUGCGGUGGCCGGUGCUUUGGAAGAGUGAAAUGGAGUGUUAUAGAGCAGGGCACUUAUCUUCGCUUCUUGAAAACUUGAACUCGGACUUGCGUAGGAACAGAAGGUGUCCAGGAGGGGCCUCUGUUAAAAAUCGUAUUUGCUUCUGGGGGAAGGGCUAUGAGCUACCUGACUUCUCAUGACCGGGAAGUCUCCCUUACCUUUUCUGUACUCCUGGAGGGGCGUCUUGCUCACAUGUUUACCAGCAGCUGGGACAAGGAAGAGAAAAGAAAUGAGCCGCCAGACUGCAACAGCAUUACCUACUGGAACCUCGAAGUGCACGCCGUCCCAGAGGGUGCCCGCCCUGACUGGCACAACUGCAUCCAACAAUGACUUGGCGAGUCUUUUUGAGUGUCCGGUCUGCUUUGACUAUGUGUUACCGCCCAUUCUGCAGUGUCAGAGUGGCCAUCUUGUUUGUAGCAACUGUCGCCCGAAGCUCACAUGUUGUCCGACUUGCCGGGGCCCUCUGGGAUCCAUUCGCAACUUGGCUAUGGAGAAAGUGGCCAAUUCCGUACUCUUCCCUUGUAAAUAUGCCUCUUCUGGAUGUGAAAUAACUUUGCCACACACAGAAAAAGCAGACCACGAAGAGCUCUGUGAGUUUAGGCCUUAUUCGUGUCCGUGCCCUGGUGCUUCCUGUAAAUGGCAAGGCUCUCUGGAUGCUGUCAUGCCCCAUCUGAUGCAUCAGCAUAAGUCCAUUACGACCCUACAGGGAGAGGAUAUAGUUUUCCUUGCUACAGACAUUAAUCUUCCUGGUGCUGUUGACUGGGUGAUGAUGCAGUCCUGUUUUGGCUUUCACUUCAUGUUAGUCUUGGAGAAACAGGAAAAGUACGAUGGUCACCAGCAGUUCUUUGCAAUUGUCCAGCUGAUAGGAACACGCAAGCAAGCUGAAAAUUUUGCUUAUCGACUUGAGCUAAAUGGUCAUAGGCGGCGAUUGACUUGGGAAGCGACUCCACGCUCUAUUCAUGAGGGAAUUGCCACAGCCAUUAUGAAUAGUGACUGCCUAGUCUUUGACACCAGCAUUGCACAGCUUUUUGCAGAAAAUGGCAAUUUAGGCAUCAAUGUAACUAUUUCCAUGUGUUGAAAUGGCAAUCAAUAUUUUCUGGCCAGUGUUUAAAACCAUUGCAUUCAGUUUCACAGAGAAUAAGGCACCCAUCUGCCUGUCAACCUGAAACUUUUGGUAGGUGGAAGCUAGACACAUGAAGGUAAAUAAAAGGAAAGGCUGUUAAAUACAGGAAACAGUUGCAUGUAGUAACACUAAUAUAUUUAAAAAUAAGUCAACAGUAAACCACUGAAAAAAUAUAUAUAUACACCCAAGAUGGGCAUCUUUUGUAUUAAGAAAGGAAGCAUUGUAAAAUAA